CACACACACACACACACACACACUCAUGCACAUACACUGUAUUUCAAUGAACCAUAUGCAGAAAAAAAAUUAAAAAAUUAAAUAAACACCUCAUGUUAUCAACUUUAACACUUACUGGAGGGCGGUUUUAUUAUGUAUCUGUUGCCCAGCCUAAUGAUUGUAUUUGUUUAUUGGUCUCACAUUUAACUGUUUAAUGUUGAAUCAUUCAUUUGUUUUGUUAUUUCUUUGUUUUGUGUGUGUGUGUUUUCUUCCUCACAUCCUUUAGAAUUUGAAAUUAAUUAUUGUUGUUAUAGUAAUCACUACUGUCCAUGGUGCUGAAUUGUUUGUGAAUAAAGGUAAUUUACCACAACUGUAGUACCAAAUCUACAACUAUACAUGUGUAAAUAAAUAACUUAAACACCAAAAUAAAAAUACUGAUAUUGAAUAUAAAAUAUACGGAAUUUGGCAAUUAAUAUUUAUACCAAAUAUAUUAUAUUUAACUUUUUUUUAAUUAAUUCUUCCUGAGAUUUUAAUUUGACUAAUAAAAAAAACUGCAAAAAUCACUCAUCCGAAAAUGAAUGUCAGAUAGUGAAAAUAAUAUAAAUAAAAAUAUAUACAUCGAUGAUAAUUAGCCUUUAUUUCCUAAGUUUAUGUAUAAUCUCCUACAACGUUUUGCCUUUUUAUUUCUUGCUGAUAGGAAGUUGUUUUUUCCAACAUGUCCUUCGUAAUUUCAAAAUAAAUGUCAAAACACGACCAUAAGACGACAGAUGAACCUAAUGUGCAUUGAUAAAAUACAUAUUUUGUUCUAUUAAGCAAUUUAGUUAUUUAUUUUCAACAUCAUAUGCAUCUUUAUUGAAUUUAACGUCUGUAAUAAAUAUGUUUGAUUGUUGAGAAAUAUGAAGGUGUAUUACUGUGAAAAUGCUCUGAGGGCCGCUGUUGAUACGUCAUUGAAUAAGAGUGACAAUAUUCAGUGCUGUGGUCCUAUUGGUCUCCUUUUAGAGCUUCACUGCUUGGAUGGAGGACAGUCUGUUCGCCAUUUGAAGAGCAAUCGUCAUUGUGGGUUAUCCUCUUUGUUUUGGAUUUAUUGUCUGAGGAGUGCCUGCUCUUUUUUGAAGGAUUAUUAACGAAGUUUUUCUUUUUUAUAUCUUGAGGAUGGAUUAUAUGUGGAUAAACGCAGUCAGAGGCCGAUGGCGCGCUCUGUUUGUCAUUCUUUGUCUCUGCGAGCUGAGCUCAGUGAGUGGACAGGCUCGCUAUUCCAUACCGGAGGAGCAGGCAGAAGGCUCUUUUGUUGGAAACAUUGCCAGAGAUUUGGGCUUGGAUGUGGCCAGACUAAUAACAGGUAAAGCUCGUAUUAUCACCAAGGAAGAUCGGCAGUAUGUUGAUUUAAAGCGAGACAAAGGCACACUUGUUAUUAAAGAGCGCAUCGACCGAGAAGAGCUUUGUGGAAAGACGACGCCCUGCAGCUUCAGUUUUGACAUCAUUCUAGAAAAUCCAAUCCAGCUUCAUCGUGUAACAGUGGAAGUUAUAGAUAUUAAUGAUAAUAGCCCCUCCUUUCCACAACAAGAAAUACAUCUAAAAAUUGCAGAAAAUGCUGCAGUGGGCACCCGUUUCUCUGUUGAGAAUGCAGACGACUCUGAUGUUGGUAAUAAUGAUAUUCAGAAAUAUAUUCUUAAACCUUCAGAUCAUUUAAAAUUAGAAAUACAAAGCCAACCAGACGGAAUGAAGGUUAUAGAAAUGGUUUUACAGAAGCCUUUAGACAGGGAGGAAGAGGAGACUCACACUCUCAUGUUGAUUGCUUCAGAUGGCGGUGAGCCACAUAGAUCAGGGACGGUGAGAAUUCAAAUCACUGUGCUGGAUGCCAACGAUAACGCACCUGUGUGCAGCCAGCCUGUUUAUAAGGUAGAUGUUCGAGAAAAUUCACCUGAAGAAACAUUGAUUACUACUGUUAGUGCAAGUGACGCUGAUACAGGCCUCUAUGGUGACGUCACUUAUUCCAUCGGUGCCACCAGAGAGGCGGAGCAGAUGUUUAAUGUACAUCUUAAAACAGGAGAAAUUCAACUUACUGGCAAAUUAGAUUUUGAGAAAUCUAAGCAUUAUCAGUUUAAUGUCCGGGCUAGUGAUCAUGGAGGAUUUACUGACACAUGUAAAGUUAUUGUUAACAUAAUUGAUGAGAAUGACAAUGUCCCUACAAUUAAAUUAAUGUCAUUUUCUCAGUCCAUACCUGAGGAUUCUCCCCCAGGUACAACUGUAGCUGUUUUUAACGUGAAUGAUGAAGACUCUGAAAGCAACGGUGUUGUCAAGUGCUCCAUGACGUCUGAUGUCCCUUUCAAAAUUGAGUCCUCAUUAACAGGUUAUUACACCAUCGUGACCGACAACUUUUUAGACAGGGAAAGUGUUUCUGAAUAUAAUGUUACCAUAACAGUGUCUGACCAAGGCUCUCCUCCUCUGUCUAGUAGUAAAACCAUCAACGUUAAAAUAUCUGACGUUAACGACAGCCCGCCCAAAUUCCAUCAGUCAGAAUACAGUAAGAAUGUACCAGAGAACAACUCUCCUGGUUUUUCUGUGUUUACUGUCAGUGCUAGUGAUGCAGACUGGGGCCAGAACGCUCGAGUGUCUUACUUCUUGGAGGAGAAAGAAGUUAAUGGAGUAGCUGUGUCUUCUUUUGUCUCAGUCAACUCAGAGAACGGUGUCAUCCACGCAGUCCGAUCUUUUGAUUACGAACAAAUUAAAUCAUUUGACUUUAACGUUACCGCCCGUGAUGCCGGAUCCCCUCCUUUAAGUUCUGUAGCCACAGUUCAUAUCCUGAUCCAGGACCAGAACGACAACGCCCCCCAGGUCCUGUACCCGGUCCAGACUGGUGGCUCGGUGCUGGCUGAAAUGGUGCCUCGUUCAGCAGAUGUGGGCUAUCUGGUGACUAAAGUGGUGGCUGUGGAUGUGGACUCUGGACAGAACGCCUGGCUCUCCUAUAAAGUGCACAAAGCCACAGACAGGGCGCUGUUUGAAGUGGGCCUACACAAUGGAGAAAUAAGAACUGUCCGCCAAGUCACUGAUAAAGAUGCCGUCAAACAAAGACUGAGUGUUCUAGUGGAGGACAACGGGCAGCCCUCUCGUUCAGCUACAGUCAUUGUUAACGUGGCGGUGGCGGACAGCUUCCCUGAAGUGCUGUCAGAGUUCACUGACUUUAGCAUGCACGACAAGGAGUACAAUGACAAGCUGACUUUUUACUUAGUCUUGGCUUUGGCUGUGGUCUCCUUCCUCUUCAUCACCUGCUUGCUGCUCAUCAUAUCAGUCAAAGUGUACAGGUGGAGACAGUCUCGCGUCCUGUACCACUCCAACCUCCCUGUCAUUCCAUAUUAUCCACCACGUUACUCAGACACUUUGGGGACAGGGACUCUCCAACACGUGUACAAUUACGAGGUGUGCAGGACCACCGACUCCAGAAAAAGUGACAUGAAGAAUAUGCAAGCCAUGAGUCAAAGUUUAGUGAGUGUGGAUGGAGCUGAUGCUGAUACACCACAUGUGACCAAGCAGAUGUCAGGAAACUUUUCACAGAUGUCAACUUUGGUGAGUUAUAUUUUGUUUUGCCAUGCUUUCUCUCUUGUUGUGUUUUAAAGUUCCCACUGCCGUCAGAAGGUUACAAUAUUGUCACUUAGCAUUUUGAAAGUCCUGCUUCCUCCACAAAUGUUUAACAACACAAUGUCUACAUACUUGCCAGAUCACUCUUACAUGACCUUAUUAGACUCCUCCUGUUAUGUUGGACAUUUUUUUGAUCAUUUUAGAAAGAACCAUGUCUAGCAUUAUGGCUGGAUGUUUGUUUUAGCUUCAGUGUUUUAAACUGCAUGUCACAUUUAAUCAAAGCACCUCUUGUUUAAAUAUGAGUUGAUCCUCACCUGUUAUAAACAGCCAAAAGGUUACAGAUAUUUUAGGUUAGUUAGUUCUUCCAGUAUGUGUACCAUAUUUUUCUGACUAUAAGUCGCAGUUUUUUUCAUAGUUUGGCUGGGCUCCAGUGCGACUUAUAUAUGUUUUUUUCAUUCUUUAUUAUGCAUUUUCGGCAGGUGCGACUUAUACUCC